GUGGUGACAGAACGGUGAAAUGGCAGGAGUUCAGCUGCACAGAGAAACCUUCUCUUGUUCCAUCUGUUUGGAUCUUCUGAAGGUUCCGGUGACUCUUACCUGUGGACACAGCUUCUGUAUGGACUGUAUUAAAGACCACUGGGACUCAGAGGAGCAGAAGAGGAUCUACAGCUGCCCUCAGUGUAGAGAGCUCUUCAUGCCGAGGUCUGAACUAAAGAAAAACACCAUGUUAGCAGAUUUAGUGGAGGAGCUGAAGAAGACUGGUCUCCACGCUGCACCUGCCGAUCACUGCUAUGCUGGAGCUGAAGAUGUGGCCUGUGAUGUCUGCACUGGCAGGAAACUGAAAGCUCUCAAGUCCUGUUUGGUUUGUUUGGCCUCUUACUGUGAGGAACAUCUCCAGCCUCAUCAUCAAUCACCUGCAUUUAAGAAACACAAGCUGGUGGAGCCAUCCAAGAACCUCCAGGAGAACAUCUGCCCUCGUCACGAUGAGGUGAUGAAGAUGUUCUGCCGCACUGAUCAACAGUGUAUCUGUUAUCUCUGCUCUGUGGACCAACAUAAAGACCACGACACGGUCACAGCUGCAGCAGAGAGGACGGAGAAGCAGAGAAAGCUGGAUCUGAGUCAAGAAGAAGUCCAGCAGAGACUCCAGGACAGAGACAGAGACGUGAAGGUGCUUCAACAGGAGAGGAAGACUCUCAGUCUAUCUGCUGAUAAAGCCAUGAAGGACACAGACGAAAACUUCACUGAGAUGAUGGGUCUCCUGCAGAAGAGAAGCUCUGAUGUGAAGCAGCAGAUCAGAUCCAAGCUGGAAACUGAGGUGAGACGAGUCACCGACGCCGAGGAGAAGCUUCAGCAGGAGAUCACUGAGCUGAAGAAGAGAGAAGCUGAACUGAAGCAGCUCUCACUCACACACGACCACAACCAGUUUCUCCUCAACUACCGCUCACUGUCAGCACUCUGUCCGUCCACACACUCGUCCACCAUCAACGUCCGUCCUCUGAGACACUUUGAGGACGUGACAGCGGCUGUGGCAAAGUUCAGAGGUCAACUGCAGGACGUCCUGACCGAGACGUGGACAAACAUCUCACUGGCUGUGACUCGAGUUGAUGUUUUACUGACAGAACCAGAACUAAAGACCAGAGCUGAAUUCUUCAGAUAUUCACAGGAAAUCACACUGGAUCCAAACACAGCAAACACACGUCUGUUAUUAUCUGAGGGAAACAGAAAAGUGACAUUAACUUGUGAAGAUCAGUCUUGUCCUCGUCACACAGACAGAUUCACUGGUUAUCUUCAGGUCCUGAGUAAAGAGAGUCUGACUGCACGUUGUUACUGGGAGGUGGAGUGGACGGGAGGAGGUCGUGUAGCAGUGACGUACAAGAACAUCAGCAGAUCAGGUUCAGAUGAAUGUGCAUUUGGAUACAAUGAUAAAUCUUGGGCUUUAGAUUUUUACCAAAACUAUUUUCAGUUUGGUCACAACAGAAUCUGGACUGAAGUCUCAGAUGGUUUGUCCUCCAGAGUGGGAGUUUACCUGGACCACAGAGCAGGUCUUCUGUCCUUCUACAGAGUCUCUGACACCAUGUCUCUGCUCCACAGAGUCCAGACCACGUUCACUCAGCCUCUCUAUGCUGGAGUUUAUCUUUAUCCUUCACCUGGAGACACAGCUGAGUUCUGUAAACUCAAAUAAGGAAUAAUAUUCAGAUGAAUGAGUCUCACAGAGACACAGCGUUAGAAAUGCUGAGCAAGCAAAACCACUUAGUUAGCAUGUGUGGGUGACGCACACACGCUAACAUGCGACUUAUUUAUUGUUUGUUUUUUACCAUAAUUAACACAAAAAAUCCAAAGACCGUCAUGAGCAACAUCGCCCAGCUCCUGAUUAAAACAUGAUUUGAGAUGUAUAAUUAUAUAUAUAUUUAUAUUAUAAAUGUGACCCGCCACGAGUAAAGCAGCAAAAAGUGGGCCCAGCACAAACCGAGUAUACAAUGAAAAUCGAUGUUUCUUUUUGUGUGAUUUUCGUUUGCAAGGUGAAGUUUCGAAGAACCGACUGCAUGUUUCAAAUCACAGUAUUGUGGAACUUAAAACCAUAAACUUUGUAUGUGAAUUAAGGUUGUACUUCAGCGGUUUGCUUUUAGCUU